ACUUCACAGUUACCUGCACGCUGCUGAAAAACCCAAGCUUGUGUCUCUUCCUCUGUUGCAUGGGCGGUUCUUUGUCUUUUCCUCCACCCCCACUUCGUGCCAAACUUUCUGCGAUACUUCGGACUGGAGCGCAACUUUAUCUGUUAUAAGAAGCGUGCACGUGGAGAGAGACGCUGGAGGAACCGGGCAGUUCCCAGCAAGAACAAAAACAACAAAAAAAACUAUUAUUAUUAUAAUUGUUAUUAUAAUAAUAAUCGUUGUCUUUAAUGCCCUACUCCACUCUCAUGGACACUCUGCCAUUAACAUUUAUGUCAGUUUCCUGAGACCGCUUCACACUGGCAUAUAUUUGCAGGAGAAUGCGCUUGGCUCGGCGUCUUUAAUUCAAACCCGGCUUUCUUCAGUGGACUUGACGUAUAAGCCCCCAGUUGAGCUUGAUGGCGGUGGACAAGGGUCCUUUAUUGACUUCUGCAAUCAUUUUUUAUCUGUCCAUUGGGGCAGCGAUAUUUCAGGUUCUUGAGGAGCCGAACUGGAAGCUCGCGGUGAAGGAGUACACCUCACAAAGAGAGCAGAUACUCAAAGACUACCCUUGUCUCAAGAAAGAUGACUUGGACAGGAUUUUGGAGAUUGUCUCCACGGCAGCCGGACAGGGUGUCACCAUCACCGGCAACAAGACCUUCAACAACUGGAAAUGGCCCAACGCUGUCAUCUUUGCAGCCACUGUCAUCACGACCAUAGGCUAUGGGAACAUCUCCCCAAAGACCUCUGGUGGACGUGUCUUCUGCAUCUUCUAUGGGCUCUUCGGCGUCCCGCUCUGCCUGACCUGGAUCAGCGAGCUGGGCAAAUUCUUCGGGGGCCGGGCCAAGCACCUGGGCCAGUACCUGACCAAAAGGGGCCUGUCUUUGCGUAAAGCUCAGUUCACCUGCACGGCCCUCUUCCUCCUGUGGGGAAUUCUGGUGCAUCUGCUGAUCCCCCCAUUUGUGUUCAUGGUCGAAGAGGGAUGGUCCUACAUCGAUGGCCUCUACUUCUCCUUCAUCACCCUGACAACGAUCGGCUUCGGAGACCUGGUCGCAGGUGUAGACCCCAACACGGAUUAUCCAGUGCUCUAUCGCUACUUUGUGGAGGUGUGGAUCUACCUGGGCUUGGCCUGGUUGUCCCUCUUCUUCAACUGGAAGGUCCGCAUGAUGAUUGAGGCCCAUAAAGCUCUGAAGAAGCGGAGGAAGAGACGCAAGCUCUCCCUGGAUCAGCUGCAGCAUUAUAAGGCCCACAAGGCUCACUUGAGCUCCAUGGCAGGGGAAGGGGAUGGCCGCAUCAGUUUCCUCCCGCUUCCGGAAAAGCGGGAGGGUUACAACGAUCUCAUCAAACAGAUCGGCAGCAAGAAGGACCGGAGCGGCCAGCUGUGCAAAGAGCUGAACCGCUCCAAGAGCUGCAACGACGGCAGUGACUACUACCCCAUACUAACCCUGGACGGCUCGCCGAGGCGCAAGCGGCGGUACAGCUUCGGCGACCGUGUAACUGUGGCCUUCUCCAAGUCCAAGAACUAUCUGAUGGGUGGGGAGGGUAGCGUGUUACACGGGGGCCUGACGCCCAGACUGGACCUGGAGGCAGGGGGAGCUAUGUUUGAGAACCAGCUGGACAAAGAACCUGGCCUGGAGGCCAGUGGGGAGGAGUACCAGGCCUUCAUCUACCAGAACGCCAACAUCACCUUCAUCGAUGAGGAGAACCUGGUCAAUGCGGAUACCAAGGCCCAGCUCUCCACCUCCGAUGAGAACGGGGAAUCUGAAACGGACUCCAAAGAGCCAAGCUGCGAGUCUGAUGGCUCUGUGUUUACCUCGGACGGGUUGGAUCGCUGCCACUCCUAUGAGCGUCUGGUGGAGGAAUAUUCUAAGGAGCACAACACGAACUCCUGAGCCUGAGCCACAGACAGCAACUGUGAUCUCUCCACUUUAGUCUUUUAUUUUUUUUUUGGUGUUUGAAUGUUGUAGGAAUUUGCACAUUGCCAGAUUGGGUGAAGGGUGUCAAAUGAAGAGGACACUAAUACACACCGUUGAUUGUUCUGUCCAGCCUUUACGGUCACCUGACUGGAGUCCAAGCGGUUUGCUUUUCACCUGGGUGGCGAUAUCAGACUGUAUUGGUAUUAGUUCUGCGUUUAGGAAUAUGGACUUUUUUCUGUGGGACCCAAGCUGGACGGGCUGUUCCUGUGAAAUGAAGGUUUGAUAUUUAUUCCUGGACCUGUUAGAUAUUUUAUUAUGGGUGGUUGGGGUAUGAUGUGUCUUAAUUAUAAGCAACCAGGGCUGUGAAGUGGACACAUUUGGGAAAUUGCUGAAUUUGCUGCAAAUAUUUUAUCUACGUCAUUUAAUGCCCUGUUAAUUUAGAGUUUGGAAGUUUGUUCAUAGUUCACUUUGAUGGAUGAUUUAAAUUCGAUGUUCAAAUUGAGAGAGCACUGCUGUUCUGUGAUAGAAAUGCUCACAGGAUUUUUACUUAGAAAAAAAAUGUUCUAAGGGCAGAACAAAAAACCAUUGGUUCAGAGAGAGAACCAAUCACAUUGUGGUGGUGGUGGGUCCAAGCAAGUGGAGGAGGCGGGACAAAGACAUCUGAUUGGUUUCUUCCACCUCCUCUAGUUGCUUGGACUGACUUCUAACAAUGUGAUUGGUUAUCUCUCUGAAUCAAUAAUUUCUGCCCUCAGAACAUUAAGUAAAACUCCUAUGAGCGAUGGAGAUCCAGGUUUUACUGAGAAUGCAGAGUAAUUGGGCCCCUUUGCAGGCCUGGGUAUUUAUUCCUAGUGUCAGACCUCGAGCCUGUGCUGACACCAAAGAGCCAUCACAUCCGCCCUGCCUCCUGUGGCCUCCAGGUGGGGCUGAUGGAUGUGAAGCUCUUCUGGUUCUGCAAAUUGCUUUCACCAUAUUGGUGCUAUUUAACGAUAAGUAUUACUGAAAUGUAUUUCAGUGAAGGAGUGUCUAUUUAAUCACGCACAAGCCAACCUCAGGCAGCACCUAAGCCUAAACGAUCCCAGCACAUCUCCAAGAAGCGGCCAGGGACUUGGGCUUCGCUGGUGGGUUGUGGAAGCCAUUUGUCCUGCUUAUCUGCUUCCUGCUUUCAUUCCCUCCUCUCUCCCUCUCGGCAUACUCUUCAUUUGUCAGUGAGUUAGUUUCAGCAUCGUUUGUACUGUUGACUGGGCAGUGGGGGUAACCGAUUAGUUAACUGGCUACACCAUGUGUAGGCUGUGUAUAGGUUGAAGUGUUUGGUGCUGGUUCCUGAGGACCUAGAGGAGAACCUGCGCAUGUGUCUUCAAAAGAGAGCCACGCAGAACUGCAAGCCACUGCUCUGGCCCGAGAGGUAUUUUGGGAUACGGCUGACUGCAGGAACGGAGUCGCGGGUGAUUGUAUCCUUCCCGCCGGUCCCCAGAGACCCGGCUGCGCUUUUUCUCACACCCCCCGCCUGCGUCACCGUGCCGAACGCUGUGGCUCCCGCUGCACGUCUUCCUGCCCGGGCUUCCUGCCUCGAUUUAGACCCCCGGUCUGUCCUGCAGCAUGUUUUUCCUCCUUGGCCUUCGCUCCCCUUUCUCUCCCGUUUCCUCAAGAUGGUUAGUAAACAAAACACUUUAACGUGGUCAAGGAAACAUUUCACGCUCUGUUGGGCUUCCUUGAGGCUAGGCGAGCUGGGAUUCUCCCAGAAUGCAUAUCCCUGAUAUUCUGUUAGACCCUGAUCUAUUGCAUGGGGCUCUCCAGGUCCAUUGUGCAUGUAGCCAGUGUUUCUCCAUCUUGUCAGUCAAACGAACAGGUCUCCCUCCCUCCCUGUCUACCAUCCACGUUAGCCCUGUGUUUGUGCAGUUGGGCAGUGCCGUCAGGCCACAUUGUGGAACAUCCUGUGCUCCCUAUCUCUCUGUCUUCCUCUCUCUCUCUCUCUGUUGGAGGAUAGUGAGUCCGCCCCCUCCUGCAGAAGCAUGGCUUCUGUUCCUCAAAACACCCCCUUAUCUGGAUACUUUAGCUGGAUCCUUGCUAUAGAAAUCAGCUGUGCAGCCCCUGUGGUGUUUACAGCAGUGUUUACGACCACUCAAACACGCAUUUGCUGGGGGGCCCCUGUUUUCCACAAACGGCUCCCCAAAAUGUCUUUUUGAGUCGGGCCCAGAAACUGCGAACCAGCUGCAGGAUGGCAUGAGCCUGUUUGGAUGUCUUGAUAAAAGGUAGAUGUGCAACCUCAGACCACAGUGUCCUUAACAUUCAUCCAUAAAGACAAUACUGUCGAAACUGUCUUUUGGUACUUGGGCAAUAUUUCUUUCUCCAUGGGUUAUCAUUCGAGCUCCCCCCCCACCUCAAUUUUGGGGGGGUAUUUGAGACUAAGUCUCUCGAUGGAGCCCAGGUGGUUUAAUGACUUUCGUUGUUCUGAGUUGGAUUCACUGUAGAACUUACUCCAGCGUGUUAAAUUAUUCACACUUUGUAUAGCAUAUGUAUGUGUUGGGUAUGUAUCUUUUUAUUCACGUUUUAAAUAAAGGGUUUUUUUAAUUCA